AUAAAAUACAUAGUGUGCUGAAAAAUUGUAUAACAAUUAUCAGAACUUGUUGUAUAUCAGAAUUGUAUAUCAGGCAGAUAUUCUUAUACAAGUUUCGUUAUUAUUUUAUAGAUCUCAAGUCUUGUUUUGGAUCUGUAUGUUUAAUCUUGUUAUUAUCAAGAUUGUGAUCUUGUAGUAAUGAAAGUUCAUAGCAAGGAAAGGUUUUCUACACUAUAAGUAAAUUGUAAUCGCGAUUGUAAUAUAUGUAUAUACAGAAGAUUUUGUCUUUUUUCUAAUACCUAUAUUUAAGUACGCAAAUACACUCUAUUUAGGAGAAAUGCCAUACCACAAGUUUUUCAUAAAUAGCAUGUCCCAUCCACACUUCUGAUGCUUUCAGUAUGAAAGAAAUAGAAAAAUAUGGCAAAUUGGAAUAAAAAACGGCGUUUGGCCUGUGAGCCUAUUAUAGAAGUACAAAAAUCUCUACCUAAAAAAGAAGAUAUGUUUUGUUGGGGUAGUACUAGACAUGGAGAAUUAGGUUUAGGUGGUAUAGAGGAUGAAAUUAUUUUAGUUCCAUGUGAAGUUGAUUUUAAAAAAGCUUCAGAAAUUCAGCAAAUUGCUUGUGGUGAAAAUUAUACAGUGGUUAUUACUCAUGAUGGUAAAAUAUAUUCAUGUGGAAAUAAUGACUAUGGACAACUUGGUCAUGAACAAGGAAGGAAAAGAUUACAAUUAAUACUUGGAUUAGAUGCAUUUGUAUUUAAAAAAGCAGCUUGUGGAGCAUAUCAUACCAUAGCAGUAAACGAAUGGGGUCAAUUGUUUAGUUGGGGAUCUAAUUCAGAAGGUCAACUAGGUUUAAAUUCCAAAAAUUUUAUGGAAUGUUCACCACGUAUGGUAAAGACUCUAGGUACAAGUAUUAUAGUACAAAUAGCUUGUGGUAUGAAACAUGCUCUUGCAUUAACAAAUAAUGGAGAAUUAUACAGCUGGGGUUCUAAUAGUGAAGGGCAACUUGGUUUAGGUGUUGAUAUUAGAUAUGAAAUAAAACCUAAACUUAUCAAUACUUUAGCUGGUGUUCCUAUUGCUUUUAUUGCCUGUGGAGGAUAUCAUAGCAUAGCUAUAUCAAAAUCAGGAGCUAUAUUUGGAUGGGGAAAAAAUACAUUUGGGCAGUUAGGGCUAAAUGAUACACAAAAUAGAAAUUUACCAUAUCAAUUGCAAACAUUACGAUAUGCAAAAAUAUGUUAUGCGGCUUGCGGAGAAGAAUUUUCUGUAUUUUUAACAGUGGAUGGUGGAGUAUUUACAUGUGGUGCAGGAAUGUAUGGUCAAUUAGGACAUGGGAGUAAUAAUAAUGAAAUUUUACCUCGUCAAGUUAUGGAACUUAUGGGUAGCACAGUUACACAGAUCUCAUGCGGCAAAAGACAUACCUUGGCAUUGGUACCAUCACAAGGUAGAGUUUAUGCAUGGGGCUUGGGUGGUGCAGGCCAGUUAGGUAACAAUUCUACUCGAAGCAUAACAACUCCACAAGUAGUACAUGGUCCAUGGGUUGCACCAAAUGGCUCUUCGAUGAUGGACCUUGAUAAGCAAUUCAGUUCUUGUACAGUUGGCUAUGUCGUUAAACAUAUUUUCACUGGUGGAGAUCAUUGUUUUGCUACAGUAGUUACACAAAAUGAUAAUAUAAAACCAGAUGACUGUAGAACAUUGGAAAGCUCCUCUCAAAUUCUUACAAUAACUGAAGAACAAUUAAUGGCAUGUCAACGAGUUCCACCAAAUUCAUCUGUUGAUCAUGAACUUAUGACAUAUCUAGAAACGGUAUUUAAAAGUCUAUCCUGUGUAAAUGGAUCAUUCUUAUUUAAAAACGAUGCUCGUUAUGGAUGUUCAAGUAAGCAUCAUGGAGUGGAUCUUGAUCAAGCAACUAAAUUAUUCGGAAUUAUUAGAGAAUUGGAUAACAGCACAAUUCAAGAAUUGAUAUUUACUUGCAUAUCAGACAGCUUGAUUCCUUCCUUUGUUAACUUACCACCUAAAAUAAUUUCUCCGGAAUUUUUAAGAAUCUAUUUAAUAUUACCCCUGUAUCAUGGUUUUAUAAAUCCACUUAAUUGUAAUUUAUUACAUAAGCCAUUCUGCAAAGCUAUUUUAGCAUUACAUCCAGAAGUUCUUGAAGUUGUUAGAAAUUGGUGGCUUGAAGCACCACCUCAUUAUUUUGAGAGAUUAGUUAGAGUUCAUAAGUCAGUUGUUCUGCAUUAUGUAAAACAAUCUAAACCAAAUAAGGGUAUAUUAUGGGAUGUGACGUUGCAAGUUAUAUUAGAUUCUUUAUACUUGCUAAAUAAAUUGAACAAUGAAGAUUCUGAAGGCAAUAAAGUACCUUAUUCUACAUUUCAUUUGCCAGAAUUAGUAGAGCUUAUAGACAUAAGGGCUGAUUACAUAAAGUGGAUUUCAGAAAAAGAAUCUUUUUCAUAUCAGAAGGUGUUUUGUAAUUAUCCAUUUCUUCUUGACGCAAAUGCUAAAAUUAUAUUGCUUGAAACGGACCAAGCUAUUCAGAUGCAAUCAGCAAUGAAUGAGGCGGCAACCCGAGCUGUAAUGAAUCAAAUAUUUCUUGAUCCAUUUUCUGUAGACCCACGACAUCAUAAUCAGUUUGUAAUAUUGAACGUUUCACGGGAAAAUAUAGUUGCUGAUACUUUACGAGAAUUGGCACAAUAUAACUCUAGUGACUUAAAAAAGCCUCUUCGAGUAAAAUUUCACGGCGAGGAAGCAGAAGAUGCAGGUGGAGUUAGAAAGGAGUUUUUUAUGUUAUUACUAAGAGAAAUUCUAGAUCCCAAAUAUGGCAUGUUCAAACAAUAUGAAGAAACUAGAGUUAUUUGGUUCAGUGAAGAUUCAUUUGAGGAUGAAAACAUGUAUUUUUUAAUUGGAAUCCUUUGUGGACUAGUUAUUUAUAAUUUUAUAAUUAUUGAUUUACCAUUUCCAUUAGCUCUAUAUAAGAAAUUGUUACAUGAACCAGUUGCCUUAAAUGAUAUCAAAGAUAUGUCACCAGUUUUUGCCAAGAGUAUGCAAAAUAUACUUGAUUACGAAGAAGCAGAUUUUGAAGAAGUCUUUGGUUUACACUUCGAAGUGGUCAGGGAAGUGUUUGGAGAAAAAAAGAUAUAUGAACUUACACCGAAUGGUAGUAAAGUUCCUGUUACAUUGAAAAAUAAGAAACAAUUUGUUGAUUUAUAUGUAGAUUAUACAUUAAACAAAUCUGUGGAACCUCAUUUUCAUGCUUUUUAUAAAGGUUUUCAUAAAGUUUGUGGCGGUCGUGUAUUGGAAUUAUUUCACAGUUACGAACUUAUGGCCGUUGUAGUAGGAAAUGAAGAUUACGAUUGGGAGGAAUUAGAAAGGAAUGCAAGUUAUAAAGAAGGAUAUACAAAAGAUGACCCUACGAUUGUGCUAUUUUGGCAAGUGUUUCGCGAACUUACAUUAGAAGAAAAGAAAAAGUUUUUGUUAUUUUUAACAGGAAGUGAUAGAAUACCUAUACAAGGCAUGAGAGCGAUUAGGAUUACGAUACAACCAAUGAAUGAUGAACGUUUACUACCUGUUGCUCAUACAUGUUUCAAUUUACUUGAUUUACCACGAUAUCAAACCCGAGAAAGGUUACGAUAUAAACUAUUACAAGCAAUUCAGCAAACCCAUGGCUUUUCUUUAGUAUAAAUUUACUACUUUAAUAAUGCGAUACGUGCAUAAUAUUCUAUCGGCUAUAAAUCUAAAUAUUCAAUUACAUUAAAAAGUGAAAGCUACAUCAUUCUGUAUUUUUUAGAGGCUAUAUAUUUGAGUAUCGAAUAAGAUAUUUACAUCAUUGUUGUUCUAUUUUUCUACAAUUUAUUUAUCUAUGUUGUCUAGUCGAAUAUUGAAAGAAUUGUACAUAUAAAAUUCAAAUUAUCAGCACAACAGAUUCAGAGGGAGAAUACAAAAAUUGUAUUAUGCACGUUAUUCUGAUAAAUCAUUAUUUACAACUUUAAACUUUAGUUUUACAAUUUCAUUAAUGAUUUAUUUAAAUGAACAAAACUUGUACUUCUUAAAUUACUACAUUACGUUUGGAUCCCAAAAGUAAGAAAACUCAGGGAAAAUUAUUAAUAAAUAAAUCAAAGAUAA